AGAUCUAUUUAAAGGGCUUUCACAGCUGUUCAGAGUCCAGAUGACUCGCGUUGUCUCGGGUUGAGUUUCCUCCUUCUCUCGUGAACAGACAGGAAGAGAGGAACAGACUUCCCGAAACUCACUUUUCUCCCUACGUCAAAAGUUCACUGGUAAAACAUCAGUUCAGGAGCUUAACACCACAGGAGGCGGCCCUAACGCUCAACCGACCAAUCACAGCCACACAGCUUGAUCGGUGACCGGCUCAGAGGGCUGGGCUUCGAGCUCGAGAAAAGCACCGGCAGAAGCAAAGCAAGCAGAAGGAUCGCUGGAGCAUCGUGCGGUGCGCAUCUCUCUACCGUGAUCAUGUGUCAGCCGAGCCUGAAGCAGCAGCAGCGGCGGAGCGCAGUAGGGAAAUGGUGAGAUGUUGCAGGGCUUUGCACAGGCCGUCCUCUUGCUACAAUCUCCACAGAGUCAGGGUUGAUGCCCGGCGCCUCCGACCGCUCGGCUCCUCCUCCUUAGCAGGAGCGGCAGGGGGGUCCGCGGGCGGCAAUAGAAACGCUGAUGCCAAAGGGCCCGGUGCUCCGGGGGUCGUUCAGAUCAGCCAUCAGAGCCGUUUCAGGUUGCAGUUCCCGCAGUUGGCUUUGCGGCGGCGCCUUGGACAGCUGAGCUGUAUGUCCCGGCCCACUGCCAGACUCCGGUCAUGGCCACUCUCCUUCCUCCACUACAUACUUCCAUUCGCUGUACUCAAGCCCCUCGCCAAGGUGGGCUGGCGGCCAACCAGCAGAGUUACCAUAUACAAGACCAUACCCACACGGCUGCUCUCCAGGGCCUGGGGCCGUCUUAACCAGGUCGACCUUCCCGUCUGGUUACGGAAACCCAUUUAUAGUUUGUACAUAUGGACAUUUGGGGUGAACAUGAAGGAGGCGGCUGUGGAGGACCUGCAACAUUACAAGAACCUGGGCGAGUUCUUCAGACGCAAGCUCAAACCACAGGCCCGGCCAGUGUGCGACUCGCACUGUGUGAUCAGUCCUGCCGAUGGGAAAAUCCUCCACUUUGGCCGUGUAAAGAACUGUGAGGUGGAGCAGGUGAAGGGGGUCACCUACUCUCUGGAGACCUUUCUGGGUCCAUGUCCAUGGACUGAGAGCUUAGCUAUCAACAGAAACGAGGAUGACCACGGCAACUUUCAGAACCUGCUGGUGACGAAGGAGGGGAACGAGCUGUACCACUGCGUGGUGUAUCUGGCACCAGGAGAUUAUCAUUGCUUCCACUCGCCCACCGAUUGGAGAGUCGUGAACAGGCGCCACUUUCCUGGCUCUCUGAUGUCGGUGAACCCGGGCAUAGCACGCUGGAUUAAGGAGCUCUUCUGUCAUAACGAGCGCGUUGUGUUAAGCGGAGAGUGGAGACACGGCUUCUUUUCACUAACAGCUGUCGGAGCCACCAAUGUCGGAUCCAUCCGGAUCUACUUUGACAAGGAGCUCCGUACAAACAACCCUCGCUACAGUAAAGGCUCCUACAAUGACUUUAGCUACGUGUCUAACAACAACCAGGAGGGUGUGAGUCUGCGCAAAGGGGAGCACCUGGGUGAGUUCAACCUGGGCUCCACCAUCGUUCUGCUUUUCGAAGCCCCGGAAGACUUCACUUUUAACCUCACAGCGGGCCAAAAGAUCCGUUUCGGAGAACCUCUGGGGACGAUGCAGACAUGAGAGCGGGCGGCUCUCGCCCAGGGGACACUCUGAUCCGAAAUGUGCAGACUUUCAGGAGGUUUCCACAAACUAACACACAGCGCACAAGAAGGAACAACUCGCACUCGAUGACGUGGACUCGGAGACGUGGGCGGAGUCACAGCACCGCUGAUGCGUUAUUGUGAUUUAGAGUCACGUUUACUUCAGAGGUGUUUCUAAUGAAGUUUAUUUUGUUUUUAUUUUUUUUUAAGUAAAGUUCUCUGUUAACAUGCUAAGCUUAGACCAUCAAGUGUUGGUGUGAGGAUUUGGUUUACUAGAAUAUUUUUUAUGCUUUUUUUUUCUGUUUGUAAUUUGUGAAAUUUGUCGCUCUCUUUUCGUUUCUUUUCUUUUUUUUUUUGGCCAUAUUGCCUUUCAUCAGUUUGUUCUGGGGUGGAUGGAUUUUUCAGGGGUUUGUAGCACAGGUAGAGAUUGAUACACACCUGGACUAUGUCCACUUUUGGCUCUUUUGAUUUUUUUUAUUUUUAAACAAGCUCUUAUUCCAUGUAUGAAACUAAAACUGAGCAAUAACCUGCUGUUAGAUUUUAGUUUUGACGUUGCCGAGAUAAAACAGCAGUUAAUAUAAACGAUCCAAACGUUUGGCUCGACGUUCUCGUCCGGUCAGCGUUGCUGUGCUCGGAGCUCUGAAGAUGAAACGGCACAAAACCUCUCAGACAAAUGAACACCUUUUGGAACAGAGAAAGGUGCAAGUGGAUGAAUAGAGCAGAGAAAUGCAGUUGGGUUUUUUUUAAUAACACAUCGGCAACAUGACGACAAAUCUAACUUUAUUUCGAUUUUUCGACAAGCUGUAGCAAUGGUUUGAGACCGAGAUUGAGUUUUAUCAUUUUUGUUAUGAGUUACAAGGAGCAGACUUUUUCUUGUUUCUUUCUAACAUGACAUACCUUCCCCCCUUCAUCAACUUUAAGAGCGAGGGGAAGAAACAAAGACCCCAAUCUUCUGCACACUGUCACACGUCCACGAGGAAAGCCACCCCCCCCCCCCCAACUACAAUACACUCUCCUUCUCUGGGGCUGUUACAUCCUAACCUACUCCCUUACUCCUUAACACCUCCUCCCAUUCUCACUUCCCCUUGUUCCCUUAAUCAUCCAGGGAGGGGGGAGGAUCCUUGACCCUGGAGGAUACAGAUUCAUAGAUCCCUACCAACUUCCCUCGGACUGAAGAAGCUGCUUGGAUGAGUAGAAAUUCGGACGUUACAAAUUCUUGCUUUGGUAAUUCACCUUGGAAAAUAUUUCUCUUAACUUGCUCUUCACAAAAAAAGGUGUCCACUUGUUUGAGAGACGUUUCAGGUCACUAACCUGCUCACUCAAAUAUAGCAUUGAUUUGGUCUCCACAUUAAUUCCUGUUUUAUCUCCUUUAACGUUCCUUAAGUGAAAGUCCAUUGGGUCUUAUGAAUAACACAGAAAAGAUUUUAAAAGGUUUCAGACAGAACUUGUUGAACUUUUCUCACACGAACGGUCUUGUCGCUUGUUAAUGAUUUUGUGAUAUGGAGAAGUCCACAAGCGUCACUGCCACACGUUUAGCCCAUAUUUUACUCUGUUCACACUAGCAGUGAUUUCUGGGCCUGUUGCCAUGGUUCUUACUGAUAGUCAUACGAAUCUGUAUCCAUAUAAAGGAUCGAAUAUGAACAUUAGCUAUGGAAUGUAUACAAAAUCAAGUCAUUUUAACUAGAAAUGAGCUUUAAAGCAAAUAACGUCCGUGUAUAAAAUGUUCUCGUAAUCUCUGCUGGCACGUAAAUGAAACACUUCAAGUUUGUAGAAGCAGAAACUUUCACCAGUUUAUAGCACUUGUAUAGAACUAAGAAAAGGGCGGCAUGGUGCUUAGUGGUUAGCACUGUUGCCUCACAGCAAGAAGGUUCGAAUCCCGGGUUCGAACAGGCAAGGGCCUUUCUCUGUGGAGUUUGCAUGUUCUCCCUGGUUUCCUCCCACAGUCCAAAAAUUCUAAAUUGCCCAUAGAUGUUUGUGUGGUUGUCUGUCUAUAUAUGUGGCCCCGUGAUGUACUGGUGACCUGUCCAGGGUGUACCCCUGCCUUUCGCCCAAUGUGUGGUGGGAUAGGCUCCAGCAGAUCCCUGUGACCCUAAUUAGGAAUAAGUGGGUAUAGACGAUGGAUGGAUGGAUGGGUGGAUGGAUAGAAGAAAAUCUUGAUUUUAAAUGUUUUUUUGUGCUGGAAAUCAGCAGCACACCUCAAAAAUGACCGACUUCCUUUCACGUGUCACUGCUGGUGUGAACACAGCGUUAGACCUGCAAUGCCUUUACUUCAAUUCCCCUUUAUUACACUAAUAUCAUCCAAUAAUAUCGGCUAAUUCCGAAUUAAUCAGAAAAACCUGGUCCAAGAUGUGUUCUCAUCUCUUCUGCCAAGGUGAUGGGUUUAUUACAUGUUUAAUAUCUGUUUAAUACUUGUUCAUUACAGUGUUAGAGUGGCAGAUUUACACAGUAUUGCACUACUGUACUGCAUGCCAAUUUGUAUGUAAAAUACUUGAAUAAUUUAACUCCAACACUGCAUAGAUUUUAACUACGGUAUAGACGAACUGUAAGAAACGUCAUUAGUAAAAAAAUGAAUUUUGGCAAAUUUGUAAAAAGAGA